UUGCGCAGGCGCAGGACGCAUAGUUGUGCAAUUUCCUUUUCUGUUGGAGUCUCCCAACGAAGUCUCCUAGUGGCAUCCUAUAACGUUGACUCGUAAUUCAACCACAACGUUAAAAUGUCAGGAGGUUUAGACGUAUUAGCCCUCAAAGAGGACGAUGUUACUAAAAUGUUGGCUGCUGGCACUCAUCUUGGUGCUGAAAAUGUCAACUUUCAGAUGGAACAGUACGUCUAUAAGAAAAGAGUUGAUGGUGCUGGUGUAAAUGUCAUCAAUCUUCGCCACACCUGGGAAAAGUUAUUGCUUGCAGCUCGUGCCAUUGUUGCCAUUGAACAUCCUAGUGAAGUUUUUGUCAUCAGCUGCCGUCAUUCGGGUCAAAGAGCAGUCUUGAAAUUUGCAGCUCAUACUGGUGCCACUCCUAUCGCUGGACGUUUCACCCCAGGUGCAUUCACCAACCAAAUUCAGGCUGCCUUCCGUGAACCACGCCUGUUGAUCGUCACGGAUCCAUCUACUGACCAUCAGCCUAUUACUGAGGCGAGCUACGUAAAUAUUCCAGUCAUCGCUUUCUGCAAUACUGAUUCACCACUGCGCUUCGUAGACAUUGCGAUUCCAUGUAAUACUAAGAGUUUACACACUGUUGGUUUGAUGUGGUGGCUGCUCGCCAGAGAAGUAUUGCGUCUGAGGGGAUCUAUCCCACGUGAGACCAAGUGGGAUGUUGUGGUCGAUCUCUUCUUCUACAGAGAUCCCGAAGAGGCAGAGAAAGAAGAACAGGCUGCGAAAGAAAUCGCGCCAGCAAAGGAAUUCACCGGUCCAGUGGAGACUGCUCCUGCUCCGGAACCUGGCUGGGUGAAUGAUGUUGAGUCUACCGCCGUGGCCACCGAGAACUGGGCUGACGAUGUAGCACCGCCAGCAGCUGCCGCUAUUCCUGCACCCGGCGCCACACCGUCAUUCCAAACGAGCGGUGAUUGGGCUGCCCAGCCUCCAGAGGAGUGGUCAACACCCGUCGCAACUGCUGCUGCUCAAAGCUGGGGAGGUGCAAGCAGCGAAAAGUGGUAAUUCUGUGCUUGCUAACAUCUCAAGGACAAUGCACUUUGUACAAUGUGUAUAACAGGAUUUUGAAACAAACACUA